CUAUUGACAAGUCUUAAGUCAAUAAUAAGUUCCCCUCGCCAUCCUCGGCCUUAAAGCAAUUACAUACCUACGUUUUAUGUUGCACAUGAUGUUUACUGACAACAUCAUUAAUAGCUGAAUCAUUUCUUAUAUACGUAGAUAAAUAAACAGAAUAAUGUCAUACGGUCAACCUCCUUAUAAUCCAAACUACGGCUGUCCCGGAUAUGGUCCUCCACAGCCAUCCUAUCCGUAUGGACAAGGCGGACAAGGUGGACAAGGCGGAUACGGCGGUGGAUAUCCACAGCAACCCUAUCCUCAGCCAUAUUAUGCUCAACAACCACAAACAGUAGUGGUGCAUGACAGGGAUAAGAAGAAAGAUGGCUGCCAAUCAUGUCUGUAUGCUUUACUGGCCGUUCUUUGUUGUUGUUGUGUCUGUGAUAUGUUAGACUGAUGUUGAAAUAUUUUAAUCAGAUACUAUUAUUUAUUUAAGAACAUUGUUAUAAUUUUACACGGAUAACACUUGAACUUUUUGUAUUCGAGUAUUUGACUAAGGAUGAGUCUUUCUUAAUUGAAUAUGUUUAUAAGCAUGAAAUAUAAAAGACAUAUAAUAUAUCAGUAGUUGUAUUGAUAUGAAUUUAUUUUAGAUUAAGAAUUUAUAAUAUCUUCGAAAUAGAUCCCUUCUUUGUGUACCACACAAAGCAGAUAAAUGACAACACUAUGUCUGCUUACUGUUAUUUUGGUAUGAUGGAUAUUUGUUUCAUUAUGAAUAAAGCUGUAUUGUAUUGUA